AGAAACCCCAUGACAUUGGUGUUCUCUCGAAUCGUUUCCUGGUACUGUGUGUUAUCGUUACUCGCGCCGUCGCGCUGCGCUGCUAUCACCUUCCUGCGCAGCAGUUUUUGUUGGUUUGCUUUCUGCUAGCUGUUUGCGGUGACCCAUAACUCCACAUAAUAAUAAUAAAAGUUACGCAUUCGCUUCCCCCCCCCCCUUCUCUCCAUUUCUGCUUCCCAUUCAAUAACGAUAAAUAAGCGUUGCCGAGUUGCUGAACUCAUCAACGGUGCGAAGCAGAAAUAGGUGAGAAAAUAAUGGAUAAAUUCUUCACUGUGAGCAACUCCGGCAACUUCGUCCGGGCGUUCCAGAGAGGUCGCCGUGCCCUCAUCAUGCUGGGCGUUGUCGCCAUCCUCUUCAACAUCUGUCUUAUCUUCGGCAUGUUUUUGCAGCGACCGGUACACAGCGAGGAGACGGAGAUCAUCAACGCGGCAAUGGCGAGAGCGCGGGAGUCCAUGGCGGCGGAGUGGGUCUCUGCUGACGCCAAGUUCAAACACCACCCUUCCAGUGACAUCGUUAUCGAUCGCGGAGAGCUCUGCAGUCUCUACCGGCUGCGCGUGAUAGUCGUCGCUGCCGAAUCCGAAAAAUCAAAGCUGUCGCGGCUGCUCACCUUUCUCGCCACCGCCAACUACUCCAAGCGGUGCUUACCGAUUGACGUGGAGGUGCACGUCCUCGGCAAGCUGUCGGGGCUGCCGCCGCUCCAGUGGGUGCACGGCCGCUACGACGUCUACGUCCAUCGCCUGCACGGCAACGCGAACCCCUCCCUCCCUUUCGUCCUGUCCGAUGUGUGGCAGCCGCAGUCGAACUUCGAGUUGGGGCUGCCGCUGACCGCAUCGACGACUCUGUCUCGGCAUUGGUUUCAGUGGGUGAUGGAGGUCAUUCGGCAGUACGCUGCGGUGACGCAGGACCACAGUGUGCAUCUAGUGAAGACUGACGACGGCACGCUGCUGCGCAGUCCACUCUCGCAGUCUAUGAGUGGGGUGGCCCUCGGCCCACCGGUGGCCGGCACAACCGGCAACGCCGCCGCCGUCGUCUUCUCCCCGCUGCCCAGCGCCACUACCGUUUUCACGGCGGAGUACUGGAUGCUGCUGCAGGCGCAGACCGCCACCGGCGUCGACAUGGAUGAUGUGGCGCUUGCCACCUGGGCGGCCUUCCUGGGGGCUUCCGCGACGCUGCUGCACGGCAGGACGCCGCAAUUCUUAUAUCCUCCUCUGGGCACGAUUGGCGCUUUUGCCUGCGACGCGGCAGGCGCGAAGGCGGCCUCGCCGUGCAGCAUCGUGGAAGAGUUGAGUACAGCUGGGUUGGACACGUUGAUGCACCUCCCAGCAACAGUUGAUAUGGUUCCCAAAAUGCAAGGAAAAUAG